AUUUGAGGGAGCGAAGUGAGUGGUCCCACAAUCAACUGUUCCUUCUCUAUUCCCUUUGCUCUCGUGGUCCAGAGAACUCCAGGAGAGCUGAUCAUUCGAAUGAACAGAAGAACCAUACCUUUCGGAAAUAUACCCCAAAUCCCCCCCCCUCUCUCUCUCUCUCUGGUUUGAUUCUCAUUCACAUUCUCACAAGCAAGUUGGGAGACGACCUUCUCUACUGGCUGGACUUUUAACAGUGAGGGAUGGUGGGAAAAUCAUUGGCUUCACCUGUGCUUACCUUUCAACCUGCAAUAAAUAGUUCCUUUUCUACUAUGGGAGAUCACAAUUACUACACAAAACACUGCUGUCUGGAGCAGGACUCUCCAAAUCAUUGUAAGAUAAGUCCAAAGCCAUGGAUUGAACCAGUUAACAUAUUCUUACUCAUAUCCAAUGUGUGGAGAUUCCGAAGAUUUCCCAAUGCGGCAGGUAUUGAACCAUUUAGCAUGUUGUUGCUUAGGUCUAGCUGGUUCAGUUUGUCUAUGUCCCCCAUUUCAUCUGGUGCAGAACCAGAAAGAUUGUUAUGGCUUAGGUCCAGCUUACUUACAUUUCUCAAAUUCCCCAUCUGUUUAGGUCCAACUGGUUGAGAUUUUCGAGGUUUCCUACCUCUUGAGGUAUUGAGCCAUUGAUACUAUUGAUAGAGAAGCAGAGAAUGUUGAGGUUGCUCAACUUACCUAUGGUAACAGGGAUUUCUCCUUGAAAUGAAUUUUUAUGAAGAUUAAUGGUAGAGAGGUUAGUCCAGUUGGUGAAUAGAUAUUCAUCAAUUUCACCACUUAGUUCAUUUUUGGAAACAUCCAACAUAAACAAUCUGGUAAGAUUAGCUAGUGAAGAAGGCAAAUUUCCCGAAAGACUGUUCGAAGACAGAUCAAGAUGGGUGAGUUUGGAAAGCAUACCAAUGGUGUCUGGGAUGGUUCCUGACAAUUCAUUUGUACCAAGAUCGAGAUAGACUAGAUCUUGGAAAGAAGAGAAAUUCAAUUUGUGGAGCUCAGCAUGUAUGGAGUAAGAAGGUAGCUUUAUCUCUGUUACUCUUCCAGCUGCAUUGCAAGUCAUGCCCUCCCACUUACAUGGACUUGUAUCAGUUGCAUUCCAGGAACUGGGAAAGUUCGUGCCACUGGCUUUCCAAUUGAGCAGAGCCUUGGCUGCAUAUGAUGAUGAUUCAGAUGCCACUCCUAUAGUUGCAGGGAUGAAAGAAACCCAUACAACAACUACUUCCAAAACAAAUGCAAAGAAGGAAGCCAUGGAACAAUUUGAUUUUGUUUUUGGCUUAGUUACAGGAUUUCCCUGCUGCAAAUGAUAUCUAGCUUCUUAUCUGAGCUUUCCUUAAAUAGUAGUUGAAAGGGACCCACCUAGGAACCAAAUCUUGUGGUUGAAAUAUCAAAAUUGAUCUCUAAGUCAUAUCAAUUUGUUCUCUUUUCACACCCUGUACUAGGAAAGUAAAGCUUUCUACAAAACUAAAUUUCAGACGGAACCUAUAUGGUUGUUAGCCAUUGUAAUUGUUUUUAGCACGUGUUAAAAGCUAUCUCAGAAAUAGACUUUAAAUUUCGAAGUCAAUGAUUAUUUUGUCAAAUUCUUGAAUCAAA